CCCUUCCGUGCUGAGCCGCGCCGAGCUGAGCCGUGCCGGGCCGUGCCGAGCCGUUCCGGGCCGGGCCGGGCCGUGCCGUGCCGGUGCCGCCAUGCUGCUGCUGCUGGCGCUCGGGGCGCGGGUCGGGGCGCGCUCGGUGCGCGCUGCGCUGCGCCCGUCCACGGCCCCGGGGCGCAGUUGCAGGUACGGGGGGGCCCGGCCGGUGCUCAGCGCCCCCCCCCGCCGGCCCGCGCCGCUCGCCCCGCGCUGCCUGCUGCUGGCCGCCCCGGCCGGCCUGGCGCUGGGCUGCCUGGGCUCGGCUGUUGCACGGUGCCAGGAGGCUGCCGUCCCUGCUGUCCCCGCCGUCCCCGGUGUCCCCGGUGUCCCCAGCGACCCCGCGCAGCCCCGUCCGGAGCCCGUGUUCGACUGGCCGGUCUUCUGGGCCUUCCUGCGCCCGCAGCUCCUCGCCCUCUCGGCAGCCGUGGUGCUGGCCCUGGGCGCAGCCCUGCUCAACGUCCGCAUCCCGGUGCUGCUGGGGCAGCUGGUGAACGUGGUGGCCCGCGGCGCCCAGAGCCGCCUGGCCGGGUACCUGCGAGCUGCGCGCCCGCCGGCGCUGCGCCUGCUCGGCCUCUACUGCCUGCAGGGGCUGCUGACCUUCGGGUACAUCGCGCUGCUGUCGCGGGUUGGGGAGCAGGUGGCCGCCAGCAUGCGCAAGGCUCUUUUCAUCUCCCUGCUGCGGCAGGACGUGGCGUUCUAUGACGCCAACCGGACUGGGCAGCUGGUGAACCGGCUGACGGCCGACGUCCAGGAGUUCAAGUCCUCCUUCAAGCUCAUCAUCUCCCAGGGCCUGCGCAGCAGCACCCAGGCGGCGGGCUGCAUCGUCUCGCUCUACCUGCUCUCGCCCAAACUCACCGGCCUCCUCCUCCUCGUCAUGCCCACGCUGGUGGGCGCCGGCGCCCUCGUCGGCUCCUUCCUCCGCAGCCUCUCCCGCCGGGCGCAGGAGCAGGUGGCCAAGGCCACCGGGGUGGCAGACGAGGUGCUGGGGAACGUCCGCACCGUGCGCGCCUUCGCCAUGGAGGACCAGCAGGCGGGGCUGUACUGCGCCGAGGCGGAGCACUCGAGCCAGCUGAGCCAGCGGCUGGGGCUGGGCAUCGCCGCCUUCCAGGGGCUCUCCAACCUGGCGCUCAACGGCAUCGUGCUGGGGACCAUCUUCGUGGGUGGCUCGCUGAUGGCUGGAAACGAGCUGUCGCCUGGAGACCUCAUGUCCUUCCUGGUGGCCUCGCAGACGGUGCAAAGGUCCAUGGCGAACAUCUCCAUCCUCUUCGGGCAGGUUGUGCGGGGUCUGAGCGCGGGUGCCCGCGUCCUGGAGUUCAUGACGCUGGAGCCCAAGGUGCCGCUGCGGGGGGGCGCCUCCAUCCCCAGCCACUCGCUGCUUGGCCACGUCGCCUUCCACCACGUCUCCUUCAGCUACCCCACGCGCCCCGGGCACCCUGUCCUGCGGGACUUCAGCCUCAGCCUGCCCCCUGGCAAGACCGUGGCCAUCGUGGGACCCUCUGGAGGAGGGAAGUCGACGGUGGCGGCGCUGCUGGAGCGCUUCUACGAGCCCACGCAGGGCAGCAUCACGCUGGACGGCCACGAUAUCUCCUCGCUGGACCCCUCCUGGCUGCGGGGCCAGGUCAUCGGCUUCAUCAGCCAGGACCCCGUGCUGUUCGGCACCACCAUCAUGGAGAACAUCCGCUUCGGGAAGCCGGGCGCCUCCGAUGAGGAGGUGUACGCGGCCGCGCGCCUCGCCAACGCUGACGGCUUCAUCCGCAGCUUCCCCGAGGGCUACGGCACCGUCGUGGGCGAGCGCGGCGCGGCGCUGUCCGGGGGUCAGCGGCAGCGCAUCGCCAUCGCGCGGGCGCUGCUGAAGGACCCGGCCGUGCUGGUGCUGGACGAGGCCACCAGCGCGCUGGACGCCGAGUCGGAGCGCCUGGUGCAGGCGGCGCUGGAGCGGGCGGCGCGGGGGCGCACGGUGCUGGUCAUCGCCCACCGGCUCAGCACCGUGCGCGGCGCCCACCUCAUCGUGGUGCUGGACGGCGGGCGCGUGGCCGAGGCCGGCACGCACGAGGAGCUGUGGCGGCGCGGCGGGCUGUACGCGGAGCUGACCCGGCGGCAGGCGGCGGAGCGGCGCUGAGCGGGGCGGGGGGGGGCAAUAAAACCCUGCCGGACA